AUGUUGGUUGAAUCAUGGGGAGGCACAAGUGGAUCAGAAUGGAAUUACAAGUUCACAAAUCCCAUUAAAGAGAUAGUCAUAGCUCAUGAGACUGUUAUAGACUCCAUUAUUUUCAGAACCCUUGGUCAACAAGGUAUCAUUGAUUCACCAAAAUUUGGUGGCAGAGGGGGAAAUAAAAAAUUCAAGGUUACUAUUGAGAACGCUCCUUGGGAAUAUUUGACAGGCAUUAGAGGUACAUUGGGAUAUUAUGUUGGCCAUUUGGUUGUAAAAUCUCUCUGUUUUACGACUAAUUUGAAGACUUACGGAACAAUUGGGGCCGCGGCUGGUGGAACCCCGUUUUCACUCGUGCUCAAAGAAGGUGGCGCGAUUGUGGGGUUCCACGGGCGUUAUGGAGCUUACCUUGAUGCCAUUGGCGUUUAUUUGCAGCAUGUUGCUGCACCCGAACAUAGUAAACCACUAAAAGAUUCGAAAGUUGAAGAAAUUAGUGACAAAUUCCCUAAUGUACGUACGUGUACAUGUAGUACUAUUGUUAAAGUGCAUAAAAAAUUAGACGUGAUGAAGUGUAUUCAGCCGCGAAGUCCUGGACCUUGGGGAGGAUGUAGUGGAAAGGGUUGGGAUGAUGGUGUAUUUUGUACUAUUAAACAAGUACACAUUUAUAUGAACACAAUAAUCUCAGCUGUAUCUGGAAUUCAAAUUGAGUAUGAAAAGAAAGACAAAACUUCAGUUUGGUCACAACUUCAUGGUGGUUUUGGUAUUGGAGCUGGGAAUUAUGACAAUAUAAACAUUGAUGGUGAAAAUGAAAUCUUGAUUGGAAUUGAAGGAUAUUAUAGUCCAGUGAAGGAAAAUGGGGGCCUAGAUACAUUAAGACAAAUCACAUUUUAUACAAAUAAGGGAAAAUAUGGACCUUAUGGAACUGAAAUUGGAGCUUAUUUUAGAUCUUCAGCAGCUAGAGGAAAAAUUGUUGGUUUUCAUGGAAAAUGUGGUGUUUUCUUGAAUGCUGUUGGUGUUCACAUGGAAUAUUUCUAAAAGUUUCUUCAUA